AUGAAUAAAAUAUAUUUAAUAUUAAUUUUAUUCACUUUUGUUGGUAUAAUUUUAGCCAACGUUGAAAAAGCUGAAGUAUCAUGUACAUGUGAUGAAAAUUGUAAUGAUGGUAAUAAAUGCACUUUGGAUAAAUGUAAUAACGGUUGUUGCUCAAAUACACCAAUUAAUAUCAAUGAUAAUGAUGAAUGUACCGUAGAUACUUGUAAUCCAAAAACUGGUAUUUCUCACACCCCAGUAAACUGUGAUGAUGGUAAUUCAUGCACAGCUGAUAGUUGUUUAUGUGGUAAAGGUUGUCAACAUGUUCCAAUUGCAUGUGAUGAUAAUAAUGCAUGUACCGUAGAUUCUUGCUCAAAUUCUACAGGUUGUUGUCAUACACCACUUUCAUGUGACGAUAAUAACCCAUGUACUGUUGACUCAUGCUCAAACUCAACCGGUUGUUGUCAUACCCCAAUCAAUGUUGAUGAUCAUAACGCAUGUACUGAAGAUAAAUGUACUCAAUCAGGUGGUGUAACCCAUACUCCAAUUGCUUGUGACGAUAAAAAUGCCUGUACCGUAGACUCAUGUUCAAAUUCAACUGGUUGUUGUCACACCCCACUUUCAUGUGAUGAUAAUAAUGCAUGUACCGUAGAUUCUUGUUCAAAUUCAACUGGCUGUGUCCAUACCCCAAUCAAUGUCGAUGAUCAUAAUGCAUGUACUGAAGAUAAAUGUACCCAAUCAGGUGGUGUAACUCAUACUCCAAUUGCUUGUGAUGAUAAAAAUGCUUGUACCGCAGAUUCUUGUUCAAAUUCAACCGGUUGUUGCCACACCCCAAUUACAUGUGAUGAUAAUAAUGCAUGUACCGUAGAUUCCUGUUCAAAUUCAACUGGCUGUUGCCAUACUCCAAUCAAUGUCGAUGAUAACAACGCAUGUACUGAAGAUAAAUGUACUCAAUCAGGUGGUGUAACUCAUACUCCAAUUGCUUGUGAUGAUAAAAAUGCCUGUACCGUAGACUCAUGUUCAAAUUCAACUGGUUGUGUCCACACCCCACUUGCCUGUGAUGAUAAAAAUCCAUGCACAGUAGACUCAUGUUCAAACUCAACUGGCUGUUGCCAUACUCCAAUCAAUGUCGAUGAUAACAAUGCAUGUACUGAAGAUAAAUGUACUCAAUCAGGUGGCGUAACCCAUACUCCAAUUAAUUGCGAUGAUAACAAUAAAUGUACCGUAGAUUCAUGUUCAAACUCAACCGGCUGUUGCCAUACCCCAAUGUCUUGUGACGAUAAUAACCCAUGUACUGUUGACUCAUGUUCAAAUUCAACCGGCUGUGUCCAUACCCCAAUCAAUGUCGAUGAUAAUAACGCAUGUACUGAAGAUAAAUGUACUCAAAAUGGUGGUGUAACUCAUACUCCAAUUGCUUGUGACGAUAAAAAUGCUUGUACCGUAGACUCAUGUUCAAAUUCAACUGGUUGUUGUCACACCCCAUUGAAAUGUGAUGAUAAUAAUGCAUGUACAGUAGAUUCUUGUUCAAACUCAACUGGUUGUGUCCAUACUCCAAUCAAUGUCGAUGAUAAUAACGCUUGUACUGAAGAUAAAUGUACCCAAUCAGGUGGUGUAACUCAUACUCCAAUUUCAUGUGAUGAUAAAAAUCCAUGUACCAUUGAUUCAUGUUCAAAUUCAACCGGUUGUGUCCAUACCCCAAUGUCUUGUGAUGAUAGAAACCCAUGUACUUCAGAUUUUUGCUCAUGGGAAAAAGGAUGUCAACAUGUUGCACUCUCAUGUAAUGAUUUCAACGCAUGUACAAUGGAUUCAUGUUCCAAUUCAACUGGUUGCACUCAUACCCCAAUUGCCUGUGAUGAUAAAAAUGCAUGUACCGUAGACUCAUGUUCAAACUCAACUGGUUGUGUCCAUACCCCACUUACAUGUGAUGAUAAUAACCCAUGUACUGUUGACUCAUGUUCAAACUCAACCGGAUGUUGCCAUACCCCAAUCAAUGUUGAUGAUCAUAAUGCUUGCACUGAAGAUAAAUGUACUCAAUCAGGUGGUGUAACUCAUACUCCAAUUGCUUGUGACGAUAAAAAUGCUUGUACCGUAGACUCAUGUUCAAAUUCAACUGGUUGUUGUCACACCCCACUUUCAUGUGAUGAUAAUAAUGCAUGUACCGUAGAUUCCUGUUCAAACUCAACUGGCUGUGUCCAUACCCCAAUCAAUGUCGAUGAUAAUAAUGCAUGUACUGAAGAUAAAUGUACUCAAAAUGGUGGUGUAACUCAUACUCCAAUUGCUUGUGACGAUAAAAAUGCUUGUACUGUAGAUUCAUGCUCAAAUUCAACUGGUUGUUGUCAUACCCCAUUGAAAUGUGAUGAUAAUAACCCAUGUACCGUAGAUUCAUGUUCAAACUCAACUGGUUGUGUCCAUACCCCAAUGAAUGUUGAUGAUAAUAAUGCCUGUACUGAAGAUAAAUGUACUCAAAAUGGUGGUGUUACUCAUACUCCAAUUCGUUGUGAUGAUUUAAAUUCAUGUACUGCUGAUUCAUGUUCAAAUUCAACCGGUUGUGUCCACACUCCAAUUAAUUGCGAUGAUAAUAAUAAAUGUACUGCUGACUCAUGUUCAAACUCAACUGGCUGUUGUCACACCCCAAUUUCAUGUGAUGAUAAUAAUCCAUGUACCGUAGAUUCCUGUUCAAAUUCAACUGGUUGUUGUCACACUCCAAUCAAUGUUGAUGAUAAUAAUCCAUGUACCGAAGAUAAAUGUACUCAAUCAGGUGGUGUAACUCAUACUCCAAUUGGAUGUAAUGAUAAUAAUGCAUGUACUGUAGAUUCAUGUUCAAAUUCAACUGGUUGUACUCAUACACCAAUGAAAUGUGAUGAUAAUAAUCCAUGUACAAUUGACUCAUGUUCAAAUUCAACUGGUUGUGUCCAUACCCCAAUGAAUUGCGACGAUGGUAACUUCUGUACUCUUGAUUCAUGUUGUUCAACUGGUUGUACUCAUACACCAAUUAUUAUUGAUGACAAUAACCCAUGUACAGUCGACUCUUGUUGCAAUUCAACCGGUGUCGUCCAUACUCCAGUGGAUUGUAAUGAUAACAAUGUCCUUACUUGUGAUUACUGCAGUAUCAAACAAGGUGGUAAAUGUAUUCAUGUUCCAAUGACCCAAUGCAAAACAUUUGGAAAAUGUGGCGAUGAUUUAUAA